AGUACGCCGCUUGCGCAUGACGUCACACGCCGGCCGAUCGACGUCAAUGAGAAGGGGAGCUAAGUGUCGGGUUACCGUAGCAGAUCAAUUAUGUCAAGACCUGCAAGUGUGUCCCCACGACCUGGCAGUGCCCAGUCAAACCAAGCUGCCUCCAAAGCAAAAGGAUUUAAAGAUAUCCGGAUUGAUGAAGAAGUGAAGAUUGCAGUAAAUAUUGCACUAGAAAGAUUCUGUUACAGCGAUCAAAAAGAAAUGGAAUUUCCAUCCUCCCUGACUAGUACAGAAAGAGCAUUUAUUCAUCGUCUUGCCCAGUCCCUAGGCCUGAUCUCUAAAAGUAAAGGAAAAGGCGCACAUAGGUUUCUUACAAUAAAGAAAAAAGAUGGUUCGGAGAUGGCUCUGGCCAUCAUGACCUGCACGCUGACUCAUAUCAUGAAACAUGCUAUUUGCAGUCUAAUUCAGAGGUUUCCUGUGACAAAUAAAGAACGCACAGAUCUUUUACCCAGAACUGAACGUGGGAAUUUGUUGACAGUUGAAGCAGAAAACAACCGGGAAAUGAAUAAAACUAGUGGUAGACUCAACAAUGGCAUUCCUCAAGUUCCACCAAAACGUGGAGAUUCUGAAUUAGAUGCCUUCAGACAGUCUUUGCCUGUUUUUGAAAAGCAAGAUGAAAUAGUGAAAGUUAUAAAAGAGAACAGAGUGGUUUUAAUAGUUGGAGAAACUGGGUCCGGAAAGACUACUCAGAUUCCACAGUUCCUUCUGGAUGAUUGCUACAGGAAUGGAAUCCCUUGCCGAAUAUUUUGUACUCAGCCGAGGCGACUUGCGGCUAUUGCUGUCGCAGAAAGAGUUGCUGCUGAGAGGGGUGAGAAGAUUGGGCAGACAAUUGGCUACCAAAUUAGACUGGAAAGCAGAGUAUCCCCAAAGACACUAUUGACAUUUUGUACUAAUGGAGUUCUUCUUCGAACACUAAUGGCUGGAGAUAGCACCUUGGCUGCUGUCACUCACGUAAUAGUAGAUGAAGUGCAUGAGCGAGAUCGGUUUAGUGAUUUCUUAUUAACUAAACUGAGGGAUUUGAUGCAAAAACAUCCAUCUUUAAGACUCAUUCUUUCUAGUGCAGCUCUGGAUAUUAAUCUCUUUGUCAGAUAUUUUAAUGGCUGUCCUGUAAUAUACAUUCAAGGAAGACCAUUUGAAGUAAAAGAGCUGUUUUUAGAGGACAUCUUGCGUACCACUGGCUACACAAAUAAAGAAAUGUUGAAAUAUAAAAAAGAAAAACAGCGAGAAGACAAGCAGCAAACAAACUUGAGCGAAUGGUAUAAAGCUAAGGAGACCAGCUGUACCAGCAGAUCAGAGCAUCAAAGACAAAGAUUUAUCCCAAGUCUAACAGCAGAAAAUGAUUUACUUGAUGAUGGUGGAGAUAGUGUAUUUAGUCAAUUGAGUGAAAAGGAUUUUAAUUCCCUUGAGCCUUGGCUUAUAAAGGAAAUGGAUGCCUGUCUCUCAGAUAUUUGGCUGCACAAAGAUGUUGAUGCUUUUGCUCAACUAUUCCAUCUUAUUUUAAGUGAGAAUAUCAGUGUUGACUACAGGCAUAGUGAAACCAGUGCUACUCCAUUAAUGAUAGCUGCAGGCCGGGGCUUUCUAAGUCAAGUAGAACAGCUACUCAGCAUGGGAGCAAAUGUAAAUGUUAAGGCUUCAAAUGGCUGGUUGGCUUUGGACUGGGCUAAACGAUUUGGUCAAACUGAGAUUAUAGAUCUUCUGGAAUCUUUCAAUUCUUUGGUAGAAUUGGGGAAUUUGGAUGAGAGUAUUCUGGUGCAAUCAGACAGCGGAGAGAUAAGUCGAGAAGAUAAAGAAGUUCUAGAUGUCUACCACCACAGCUUUGAUGACGAAAAGGUUGACCUGAAUCUAAUAAUGCACCUUCUCUACAACAUCUUUCAGAGUUCUGAUGAUGGUGCAGUUUUGAUCUUUUUACCAGGAUAUGAUGAAAUUGUAGGUCUCAGAGAUCGCAUUCUUUAUGAUGAUAAAAGAUUUGCAGAUAAUUCUCACAAAUUUCAGAUUUUCAUGCUUCAUUCCAACAUGCAGACAUCUGACCAAAAGAAAGUGUUAAAGAGUCUCCCUAAUGGAGUUCGUAAAAUAAUUCUUUCCACAAAUAUUGCUGAGACAAGUGUAACUGUCAAUGAUGUGGUAUUUGUCAUUGAUUCUGGGAAAGUAAAAGAGAAAUCAUUUGAUGCACUAAACUCUGUCACAAUGUUAAAAAUGGUGUGGAUUUCCAAGGCGAGUGCUAUCCAGAGGAAGGGAAGGGCAGGUCGCUGCCGACCAGGAAUUUGUUUUCACCUAUUUAGUAGACUUCGGUUUCAAAAUCUUCUGGAGUUUCAGAUUCCUGAGUUGCUACGAAUGCCACUGCAGGAACUUUGCUUACAUACCAAACUGCUAGCUCCAGUUAAUUGUCCUAUUGCUGACUUCCUUGCUAAAGCACCAGAACCCCCUCCAUCACUUAUAAUUAGAAAUGCAGUUCAGAUGCUCAAGACUAUAGAUGCCAUGGACAGCUGGGAAGAUUUAACAGAGCUUGGCUACCACUUAGCUGAUCUUCCCGUGGAACCUCAUCUGGGAAAGAUGGUUCUUUGUGCUGUAGUGCUAAAGUGUCUUGAUCCUAUUCUCACUAUUGCCUGUACUUUGGCCUAUCGCGAUCCAUUUGUCUUACCAAUGCAACCUUCACAGAAGCGUGCUUCUAUGUUAUGCAGAAAGCAUUUUGCUGCAGGAACGUUCAGUGAUCAUAUGGCUCUUUUAAGAGCUUUCCAGGCUUGGCAAAAGGCUCGCAGCGAUGGCUGGGAGAGAGCAUUCUGUGAAAAGAAUUUCCUUUCUCAGGCUACGAUGGAAAUCAUCAUUGGCAUGAGGACACAAUUAUUGGGACAGCUCAGAGCUUCAGGUUUUGUAAGGGCACGAGGAGGAGGUGACAUUCGAGAUGUAAACACAAACUCUGAGAAUUGGGCUGUGGUGAAAGCUGCAUUAGUUGCAGGAAUGUACCCAAAUCUCAUCCAUGUUGACCGAGAAAAUUUAACGUUGGCUGGGUCUAAAGAGAAAAAAGUCAGAUUUCACCCUACCUCAGUUCUUAGUCAACCACAAUAUAAGAAGAUUCCACCAGCAAAUGGACAAGCUGUGGCUGUUCAAGCACUGCCCACUGAUUGGCUUGUUUAUGAUGAAAUGACGAGAGCACACAGAAUUGCUAAUAUACGGUGCUGUUCCACUGUAACACCAAUCUCCGUGGUCUUAUUUGGUGGUCCAGCUAGACUGUCAAGCAGCGCAUUACAAGAGCCUUCUUCCCCUCGAGUAGAUGGUGUCACCAAUGACAGUAGUGACAGUGAAAUGGAGGACAAAUCCACUUCCAAGAUGGCAACUUUGAAACUGGAAGAAUGGCUGAAUUUUAGAAUAGAUCCAGAAGCAGCCAGUCUUAUCUUGCAGUUACGACAGAAAUGGCACAGUCUGUUCCUGAGGAGAAUGCGAGCUCCAUCAAAACCUUGGACUCAGGUAGACGAAGCGACUAUCAGGGCAAUCAUCGGAGUACUUAGCAGUGAGGAGCAAGCAGCGGGACUGCAUCAACCAUCAGGGAUCGGACAAAGACCAAGGCCAAUGUCUUCAGAAGAGCUUCCAGUCUCCUCAUCUUGGAGGUCAAACAGUAGGAAAAGCUCAGCAGAAACAGAGUUUUCAGAUGAUUCUUCUAGUGCGGAAUUUAGAGAAAGAAUUCAGUUGAAGUCGCAGCAGCAGCAGCAGCAGCAGCAGCAGCAACAACAGCAACAGCAACAGCAACGGUAUAAGGAAAGUGGCUUACUUCACCCAAAGAGGAGUCCUGAUGACCGGUCAGAUCAGUCAUCUGUUAAAUCAACAGACAGCAGUAACUACCCCAGCCCAUGUGCCAGUCCAUCUCCACCACCUUCAUGCAAGGGAUUUGCCAGAAUGAUCUCUGAGAUAGGGAGAGAAAGAAGCCAGGAGUGGGGUUCGGCUGGGCUAGGAGGGAUCUUCCGAGUUGAAUGGAUAAGAAAGGAAAGCCUUCCUUUCCAAAUUGCCCACCAUCUCCUCAACCCAUGGAAUGAUAAUAAGAAAGUCCAGAUUAGCAGAGAUGGACAGGAGCUAGAGCCACAGGUUGGAGAACAGUUGCUGCAGCUUUGGGAGCGCAUUCCAAUAGGAAUGAAGCUACCACAGACAGAAAGCAGACUUGGCAUCUUUGGGGAGUCCUAGAUAUUCUCCCAUUCUCCGCAGUUCAUGUUGCAGCAACUCUGGAAACUAUUUUUGGACAAGUUUGACAUUACACCUGAAGAUGUAUGGAAACACAAAUUUGAUUUGUUGUUCCAAUAGAACUUGGAGAAGUAGUGAAGUUCAGUAGAAUAAAAGUUAUUUUUUAAAAACUGACAAAUGAAUGGUGAGGAAGAAAGAGAGGGGAAGAAAGUGUUGUGUUUAAUAUUUGUCUGAUGUAUGUAUAAAAAGGCCCUUGCAUCUUGUUCCAUUGUGUUCUGUGGUUUUAUAAACUGUGAAGAAUUAAUUUCCAUAGCAUUGUAUUUAAAAGUAUGUGGAAGAAACUAUGUACUUUUUUUCCUAAGACUGUUUGAGCAAAAAUAAUAAAUUUCCUGUACCUAAGUGUAAUUGGCCCAAAUUGAUAUUAACAUUUCCUCUUAAAAGUAACUCAAAGGCUGAGAAUUUUCAUUAUUUUAGUUUAGUUUCUGGCUUCAUGUUUAAGUGGCAGUUCAAUAUAUUUGGAAAAUAAUACCUGUCAAAUCAUACCUAAUCUUAACAAUUUGAAAUUGGCAAAAGGUUUAAUUUGUAAUGUUGCAUUUUGGCAUAUUGCAAUGUGAUCACCAUCUUCCUAGUUACAAAUUAAUUUCAUUGCAACUGAAUAUUUAAUGUAUAACUUAUCAGAGAGAAUAUAUUUAGUAAAAAUAAUAUUGCUUAAUCUGAUAAAACAUGAUGCAGAGAUUGUAACUCUUAGUGAAAGAUUCUUCCUGUUAAUAAAAUAUUGGAAGAUACAUUACCAACAAUACAAUUUCAAAAUAAUAUGCCAAGAUUUAAAGCAUUGAUUUUACUGUUUCACCAUGAGCCAGAGCUCUAGUAAAAAUGGAUGGGAAGUUCUAUUAUUACGCACAUGUAUAUGCAGAUUGUUAGUUAAGAUGGUGGCCAAAUGGAAAACUGUUAAAUUGAGCUCUUCGUGCAUUGAAAUUACAAGUUGUGUGCAGAAAGUAGCUUGCUCUUCACUGUGUUGUUGUUGCAAAAGAUUAGCUAAAAUUAAAAUAACUCUAAAAAUUGUAGUGUUCAUCUAUUGUGUUGUCUGGUGUUUAUUGGUGACCAUUAUGUGAUUUAGUUUGAGUUGUUAGUCUCAUUAUAAACCAUGCUCACAAGUACAUUUGGUAGAUUGUGAAUGAUUUAGCAUUCUCAAGCAGGAAAUUUAACUACAAACUAGUAAUCUAUGAAUUAAAUUGCAUACAAUGCAGUCUGUUCUUUGAUGGGAAAUAAAUGAGAUCAUUUUUUCAUAAAACAUUAAUGGGAGCAUUCCUGUGAGAAGUGGAUGUAGGCCAAAUCUUUUAAAAUGUUCCUCUUAAUGUACUAAUUUUAUGAUCUCGUGACAUUCCAGUAUAAACACUAGAAGUGCCGUCAUUAAAGCAAAAUGUAACUUUUCAGAACUCAAGUUGACAUAGAACCAUAGAACUCACAGCACAUGACCUUGUCUCUUGAAUAUUUGACCCUUCUGAGAAAGAAUGAAACUUUUUGAUUGUUAUACUCUAUAGAUAAUCACAAUUUAGGAUGAAAAUCAAACAUGAGGAAAUCUGCAGAUGCUGGAAAUUCAAACAACACACACAAAAUGCUAGUGGAACACAGCAGGCUAGGCAGCAUCUAUAGGGAGAAGCGCUGUCGACGUUUCGGGCCGAGGGGUCAGGACGAAGGGUCUCGGCCUGAAACAUCAACAGCGCUUCUCCCUAUAGAUGCUGCCUAGCCUGUUGUGUUCCACCAGCAUUUUGUGUGUGUUGUUAGGAUGAAAAUGCUACAUUUGGCUCUUCACACUAGAAAUUUAAUUGAAGCAAUGCAGAAGGCAACGUGUUCAUGAACUGAUUUAUUGAAAUAUUUUACCAUUGCAUGUAGAAUGUAACUUGGCAUCAAGAAAUUUAAGAGAAAAUUUUUAAUUAGUUGUUGUAUAGAAAAGAAUUCUUCCACAUGGGGAAGAAAUGAAAAUCUUAACAGUGAGAACACUGCUUUCAAACACCUCAACAGGCCAGGUCUUCAGCUCAGCCAGAAACCCAAGAAGCAUUGAAGGGGGCCAUUAUAUAGAAUUUACACCAAGGAAAUGAAUGUCUUAAAUGCAGAAGGAAGCAGUUAAACUUAUUCAAAAAGUAAAGUGCCAUCUCUAUGUGUGUUUUAGAUAAUGUGGCUGAUGCUGAGAUAAGCAGUUUUAAUCUCGUGGACUAAAAGAUGUAAUCACACAAUUAAGUUAUCAGUGGUAUGGGAAAUAGAAAUGUUUAUUGUGGCACUUUGUAAGGUGUUAUUCUUGAUACAACAAUUGUGUUGAAUGAAAAUAUGCAAGGUUGUUAAAUUGUCUAGAAAAAUUUCUCCUCAUUAAUCUGACAGCUGUCAGCCUAGUUUGUGUGACAGUCACCUUUUUUACAAUCAUAAAAUGAUUUAUAAAAAACAAUGCUUAAAGUUUUCAUUAGUCAUCAAAUGUGCUGACUGAAAUGUUUUAGACAAUUUAUACUCAAAAAAGUUGUGUAGCGGGCAUUAUUGCUUCAGUUGAUUGUCAUCUUAUGAAGGGAGUUGUGAAAAGUGGAAAUCUUUUUCUCAUAAAACAUUAUGGCUUUUGCUGCAAUGUGCAGUUAUGUUUUUGUUUCUGAAGUUAUACUAUUUAAAAAAAUAAAUAUAAUUCAAAUAAACUAACUUGUUUCUAUGUUACUAUGUAGUGCCUGGUCUCAUGAAUGGAUGAAGAUUAUAUUGUAGUUACAAGCACAUCUUUCUUGUACAACACCCACAAAGUACAGGAAGUAAUGCUACUGGUGCUUCAGAAGUGAUAGGACCUAGGUGGUGGUAGGGAGUUCAGUAAUCUCAUGACCUGGAGCAAGGAACUAUUAUCCAUACUGUUAGUGAUUUUUGGGUUUGGGUCAUUUACAUUUAGCAAAUGGUUUUGUCUACCAGUCUUCUGUUCCUUGACAAUGUAUUGUGGAUUUAAUUUGUAACAAUGCAUUUCCUAAAAGCUGUGAAUCCCAGUCCACAGACGAUGUUGGCGUCUGCGGGACGGAUGUGAACCAGAAGGUGUGAAGUUUGCAUGUAGCCUCGAAAGCAUUGUCUAUACUUUGUAAAUAUGGAAUUGUCCUUUGUGUUCGGCAAAUAAAUACUGAGCCCCACGUUGGGCCAGCAGACCUUUCCACUGAAAGCAUGAUGCCUGUUGUACCUUGUUUUGUCGAAUAAAGAAGCUGCUUUGUA